AUUCCGAGUCAACUAUUUUUCUACUCAACCAACCCUCACCUUUCAAUCCAGAACUUGCAUAUUAGUUUUUCAGAAAUUUCGUGAUGUUUCGAGCAUUUUGUUGAACUCUGUACUUCCAUUGUAUCUCAAUGAUGAAGGAUAUAUUAUUUAAUUGUAAUCAAUAGAUGACCGCCAAUAAUUCAGUCAUCAGAUGGUAUUUCUGUAAUUUUUUCGUUUCUGGGAGACCGUAGAAGUUAAGAGACAGGUUAACAAAAUUGGCGCGGAAGCAUGUCAAAUGAAAACUGGUCUGAUAGUAAACAAAUUUAUUCGGAUUGGAAAAAUAUUUCAUAUUUCGUGUAAUGAGUUUGCUCUUCAUCUCAAGAAUUUGUUCAUUGUUAUAUUCUGUAGCAUCAGCGAUCAACUGCAAAUGGUCAGGAAAAGUGCAAGCGGUGGAGUUAAUUCCAUAGGGAAAGGAGGGGGUAGUAUGCCCAGUAAUGAAGAAUGUGGAAUUCGAGAUGUCUGGGGGCAUAAUUUGGAGGAAGAAUUUCGUACUAUUCGACAGGUUGUUCAACAGUAUCAGUAUAUUGCCAUGGAUACCGAGUUUCCUGGAGUUGUUGCAAGGCCAAUAGGUGAAUUUCGAACGAGCGCUGAUUACCAAUAUCAAUUGUUACGUUGUAACGUUGAUCUUCUAAGAAUUAUCCAACUGGGUUUGACUUUCCUCGAUGAAUCCGGGAAUACGCCGGGUGGGAGUUAUACAACGUGGCAGUUCAAUUUUAAAUUCAAUUUACAGGAAGACAUGUACGCUCAAGACAGCAUUGACAUGCUCCAAAACAGUGGGAUACAGUUCAAAAAACACGAGGAAGAAGGAAUUGAUCCCCUUGAUUUUGCUGAACUUCUUAUGACAUCCGGAAUCGUCCUUGCCGAUGAUAUUAAGUGGUUGUCUUUUCACUCUGGUUACGAUUUUGGAUAUUUAUUAAAGCUACUUACUGAUCAAAAUUUACCACAAGAGGAGAGUGAAUUCUUCGAAUUGUUAAGGAUAUAUUUUCCCACCAUCUACGAUGUUAAGUAUCUCAUGAAGUCAUGUAAAAAUCUCAAAGGUGGACUUCAAGAAGUCGCCGAGCAGUUGGAAUUACAACGAGUUGGGCCUCAGCAUCAGGCCGGCUCCGAUUCAUUGCUGACUGGAAUGGUCUUUUUCAAAAUGAGAGAAAUGUUUUUCGAAGACCAUAUCGAUGAUGCGAAAUACUGCGGCCAUUUAUAUGGUCUGGGUACCUCAUUUGUGGUCAACGGUGCUGGAGGAUAUCUCGACAGCAAUGGCGACAACUCGUCCUCCUCGUAAUGACUGAAAAAUUGAG